CACUUUACCCAAACUUAAAGUACAUAAUCUUAAGGUUUUGCAGUUAGAUGACUCUGGUUUUCUAAAUUUAUAAAUCAGGUUUCAAGUAGAUCUUCAUACAGUUUUAUUCUUCUGGGAAACAAAAGGAAAAGUGCAGGUGGAAGAAUCUUAACACAGCAGGAGAUUCUGCAGGAGCUACCAGUAUAAGAUGGGUAGAGGAAAACGAGAGAUGAAGAGAAUAGAGAAUAUAGCAAGCAGGCAGGUUACAUUUAACAAGAGAAGCAAAGGAUUGAAGAAGAAGGCUGAAGAGUUAGCUAUAUUAUGUGAUGCAAGUGUGGCGCUUGUUGUCUUUUCCUCCUCUGGAAAAAAAGUAGAUUAUCCCAGCUUCAAGGAGAUUCAAGGUAUUUUCAACAAAUAUAUAAAACAUCAAAAUAAAGAUGAAGGUGGUGCCUCUUCUGUAUCAAGCCUUAAUAUCAAUAAAAAUAAGGUUGAAGAGGAAAAGAAAUCAUAUAUCGAUCUCAAUCAUGCAUUCGGACAUGUGGAUGAAGGUGAAAAUGAAGGUAUAUUGUUGGAAAGAUUACGUGAGAUAGGAGAAACAUUUAAUGAAGAAUCUACAACAAAUCUCUCAAACCAUAUUGAUUAUAAUGCAUAUGAAGAGCUAAGGAAAGAAUGCUUAGAUCUCACUCAAUUAUUCAGGAAGAUGAAUGGAAAUGACCUUGAAGGAGAAAGUCUAGAAAAUUUAAAAGAACUCGAAGAAAAGCUUGAAAUAGGACAAUUACGAGUUCGCUCAAGAAGGGAAAAACUAUAUGAGGAGAUUUCAAGAGAUGUAAGUACUAGAAAUUAA